AUGACUUCUACAAUGUCUCUGUGGGAUCGGCUCGUCGACAAAUACAACGACUACAAAAUCGGCGCUGAUCCAGAAGUCGAUCAAUGGUUUCUCAUGAAGUCUCCCGGACCAGUUUUUUUCAUCCUCAUCUCAUAUCUCUCCUUUGUGCUCUUCAUCGGACCUCGUUUCAUGAGAAAUCGGAAGCCUUUCGAGCUGAAAACCAUCAUUAUCGCUUACAAUGCGAUGCAAGUUGUGAUUUCCGCCUUUCUUGUAACGAGAAUUUUCGACACUCGAUAUUUCUUGCAAUACUUUUACGGAUUUGGCUGCACAAGUAUUAAUGAAAAGGAGGAUUUGCAUUUUAAAACUGGGCUUUUUAAUGGAAUGUGGUAUUAUACGAUGGCAAAAUUAAUCGAUUUAGUUGAUACUUGCUUCUUUGUUCUGCGAAAAAAGCAAAAUCAUGUCAGUUUUUUGCAUGUUUACCAUCAUAUCGGAGUUAUUUUGUUCUCUUGGUGCAUCUUGAAAUACGCUACAGGUCCCGAAUCGUUAGUCGUUGGAUUAUUCAACAGUGCAGUUCAUGUCGUUAUGUAUGCCUAUUAUUUGGUAGCUGCUCUCGGACCUGCUUAUAAGAAGUAUCUUUGGUGGAAAAAGUAUUUGACAGUUUUGCAACUCGUUCAAUUCUUCUACAUAUUUUUCCAUAUGACGGCGGCGAUCUUUUUGAGUUGCCAAUGGAACAAAGUUGUUAUCUAUGCAGUUAUUAUAAAUGCUAUUUUCCAUAUAUUCUUGUUCUCGGACUUUUAUAAGAAGACUUAUAAUGAAAAGGAGAAAUUAGGCAAAAAGAAGGAUUAA